CCUGCGAUUUAUUCCCACCGGCCGGCCUCGUCAUCCAAGUUGGGGACUGCUGCCACUACCACAAUGUGCAAUCUUACUCUUAGCGCAUGUGUAGUGAACCAACUCAGCAUAGCGACAUAACAGAUUAUUCUUCUACGUUGGACAUACACGUUUCCCAUCCCAGUGCACGGACGCACAUCCCCAAGUCCACGCAGCCUUCGAUGCGCCGGAGCUGACCAGCAUGGAUUCGACGGCCAACGGUCCAGCGCAGAACGCAACCGAUGCUGGAACUGACACCUCCGAGAGUUUGCCGCCGUCGUUGCCUCGACAGCCCAACAGUUGCUCAGAUCGCGAAUCCGAUCCAACACCGGAAGAGCGACCCCCGCCCCUACCCCCGCGCCCCAAUACAUUGCGCCUCCUGGAUGAAGGAGGUGCCUCGCUACGCACUGCUCGUCCUGGCGCACCCACAACCCUUCAGUCCAGGGCCACAACAGCCGUCUCCUUGACGGAUAUUGGCUGUCACGAUGCCGGAAAAGAAAAUCACGUUGUGCGCGAAGCCUCCGAGACGCUGAGGGCCAAGGCAAGUCUUAACCACUUGACUAGCUCGAGGGGGAGUGAGACUGGGGACACUGCAAGUAUCAGGAGCUCGGUACCUCAAGGAGACCUCGGUGAUGUCGAGAAUGUCUUUGGUGAUUUUGUCGCAACGGAUACUGGCCCCAUUCGCAAGCAUAGCACGGGGCUUCUACAGUUUCCCGAGUUCCGAGCUGACGACGUGGAGGAUGACUUCGCAAGCGAGUUUGAGCCCGUAGGGGAUGUGGACGAGGAGGGAGAGCACGAAGAACAAGUCCUUGAGCGAUGGAAAGCGAAACGAAAACACUACCUUAUUCUUUCGGCUGCUGGCAAGCCGAUAUGGACGCGACAUGGGGACGGGGGCCUAAUAUCCACGUAUAUCGGUGUUAUCCAGACGAUCAUCUCAUUCUAUGAAGGUUCCAAGGACCCUCUAAGGAGCUUUUCCGCGGGAGAUACCAAAUUCGUGAUCGUCACGAAGGGCCCACUGUAUCUUGUAGCAAUCAGUCGACUGCUGGAGAGUGACACGCAGCUCAAACUCCAGUUGGAAGCCUUGUACAUGCAAAUUCUGUCUACACUCACCCUGCCAUCUUUGACUCAUCUUUUCUCUGUCCGUCCUUCGACCGAUCUAAAGCGACCGCUCCAAGGAUCAGAGACUCUUCUGUCCACCUUAGCCGACAGCUUUACCAAAGGAUCGCCAUCCACCCUACUCUCAGCUCUGGAGUGCUUGAAAAUCCGCAAGUCUCACCGUCAAGCCAUCAACAACACUCUUCUGAAAACAAAAGUCAGCAGCCUGCUCUACGGCUUGGUGGUUGCGGGCGGUCGACUUGUCAAUGUUGUCCGACCCAAAAAGCAUUCCCUGCACCCCGGGGACCUGCAACUGCUGUUCAACAUGAUCUUCGAGGCUGAGGCUGUCAAGGCCGGUGGCGGUGAAAGCUGGAUUCCCGUCUGUCUUCCCGGCUUCAACAGCAGCGGAUAUCUGUACAUGUAUGUCAGCUUUCUUGACCUCCGAGGUGAGGGCAACACAGCCGACGACACGACCACCAAGGAAGAAUCGGUCGCCAUCGUCUUGAUCAGUGCCAACAAGGAAAGUUUCUUCGAGCUGCAAGACAUGCGCAACGCGUUCGUCGAGCAAAUGGAGAAAAACGGCAGCAUUAAGAUCAUCAAAGAAGCAGUGGACAGAGGCCGUCCCAACACGACGGACAUUGUCCCGGGGACCGUCCUGCAUCACUUCCUGUACAAGUCGCGGGCAAACGUCCAGUUCACAAUGUCAUCCUACAACCAUGAAUUCUCCACCAUAUCGCGACGUCGAAGAUUGAUGUCAACCUACAACAACCUCCACGCCAGUAUCCAUGCCAAACACACCCACGUAAAAGUUCACCACUGCGUAUCUCAGUCAUCCAGCUCUUUCGCCUGGGUGACCCCGAUGUUCGAGCUCUAUUGCGUGGCGGGCGCGAAUGCAAACCGCAAUGCUCUGGCUCAGAGCGCGAGCAAGAUCAUCGAGUGGGUGCGGCAAGAGGAAGAACGACUCUUCAUCAUUGGCGGUGCAGUUUUCUGAACGACUUAUUCACCAUCAACUGCUGCAGUGUCUGAGUACACCCACUCUAUUGGGAAUCAUCUUCCCAGGUGUGAAAAUGUUGAGUGGGUUUUUCCUGAAUGAUCUUCUACACAUUCACACCAUCUAGUCUUCGCCUGUUGUGCUUGAGUCGACAGUGCGGGGAAGUUUGUCUGGGGCACCAAUCUCAGUUAGAACCAUCCAUUUCGUGGAGGACGGACGGUCUCUCUUUCUAUACUUUUCCCCAUUCGACGGUAGUCACCAUGAAGGCAUCUUACACAAC